GGCGGCGGGCUGGCCGGCGGCGGAGGGCGCAGCGCCGGGACCCUCGCGCGGAACGGGCCGGCGGGGGGGGGGUCGCCCAGCAGCCCCCUCCUCCUUCUCUUCCUCCUCCUCCUCCUCCCCGCAGCGGGGACCCUUCGCCGUCCCGGGGGAGCCCAGCCGGGCCAGCGGCCACCUCCAUUCCCCCCCACCCCACCCCCGGGGCAGGGCUGGGGGAGCCACGCGGCGGACGGGGCGGGCGGCGGGGCUGCUGCCGCCGUCGUCGGCGGGCCGUCGGCGGGGCUGGCGGCCCUGGCCGUGGCCUGAGAUGGCCUCGGAGCUGGCCAUGAGCGGGGCCGAGCUGCCCAGCAGCCCGCUGGCCAUCGAGUACGUCAACGACUUCGACCUGAUGAAGUUCGAGGUGAAGAAGGAGCCGGCUGAGGCGGAGCGCUUCUGCCACCGCCUGCCGCCGCCGGGCUCGCUCUCCUCCACGCCGCUCAGCACGCCCUGCUCCUCCGUGCCCUCCUCGCCCAGCUUCUGCGACGCCAGCCCCGGCGGGCAGACCGCGCCCGGCCUGGGAGCCCCGACGGGAGGUCCCGGUGGUGGCCACCCCAACGGCGGCCACGGCAACCCCGCGCCCGGCAAGGCGGCGCAGCUGGAGGACCUCUACUGGAUGUCGAGCUACCAGCACCACCUCAACCCGGAGGCGCUCAACCUGACCCCCGAGGACGCCGUCGAGGCGCUGAUCGGCGCCCCGCACCACGUCAACGCCGCCGCCUCUGCCGCCCACCCCCAUCCCCACGGGCACCACGGCGGGCCGGGCGGCGGGGGCAGCUUCGACGGCUUCCGAGGGCAGCCCUUCCCGGGCGAGGAGCUGGCGCCGGGCUCCGCCGGGGCGCACCCGCCGCUGGGCCCCCACCACCAUCACCACCACCACCACCACAACCACGGCGCCGGGGGCGGCCACCACCACCACCACCACCACCACCACCCGGCCCACCACCACCACCACCACCUGCAGGCGCGGCUGGAGGAGCGCUUCUCCGACGAGCAGCUGGUCUCCAUGUCGGUGCGCGAGCUGAACCGGCAGCUGCGCGGCUUCAGCAAGGAGGAGGUGAUCCGCCUGAAGCAGAAGCGGCGCACGCUGAAGAACCGCGGCUACGCGCAGUCCUGCCGCUACAAGCGCGUCCAGCAGCGGCACAUCCUGGAGAACGAGAAGUGCCAGCUGCAGGGCCAGGUGGAGCAGCUGAAGCUCGACGUGGCGCGUCUGGCCAAGGAGCGCGACCUCUACAAGGAGAAGUACGAGAAGCUGGCCGGGCGCGCCUUCCCCCCUGCCGGCCCCAACGGCCCCACCGGGCCCCGGGAGCCCCCGCCGCCGCCGGCCCCCGGCCCCCCCAAGCCCGCGGACUUCUUCCUGUGAGAGCGGCCGGGCCUCGACGGCGAGGACCGAGGAGGGGGGGCCUUCCAUGCCGGCCCGACGGGAGGACGAGGGCGCAGCGCUGGGAAGGGAAGGGGGGAACCCUCCUGCCAGCCAACCCACCCACCCACCCGUCGGUCGGUCUGGCUGUGUGGCUGGCCGUCCGCCUGGACGUGGACCCUCUUCUUCGACGGCCCAGCAGAUGCCCGCCUCGCCCGGACCGCCUUGGACGGAGAGAGACUGGACGCCCCCCCCCCCGCCUGGACGGACGGACGGAUAGGAGCCGUUGGACGCUGGACUAGCCGGGCCAGGGACCCUUCGACGGAGCCCCCCCCUCCCGCUCCUCCUGCCCCGACGGAACCCCUCUGAGCAUUCCUGCAUGCCGGCCAUGUAUGGGAUUUAGCCCGCCUCGCCUCCCCGACGGGGCGCCCUGCUCCGGGCGAGGCCGCCUCGGUCCGCCCGUCCCGUCUGGCUCGCUGGCUCCUUCUUCUUUCGACGGGGCGGCCCCAGCGCCUCUUUGCCGGCGGGGACUCGGCUUUGUUCGGCCUCGGAAGCUGGGCUGAGUUUACUUGCCUUUUUAAUCUUAACCCCCCCCCCCUCCCGUCCUCUUUCCCCUUAAUUCCUAGUUGUGUGUCUGUGCGUCCUUUUUUUAAGACGGGGAACUGAGCCAAUUAACUUAUUAUUCAAAGUGUCCACUUGUAUAGCGGUCGCCUUUGAUCCCCCCCCCUCCUUCUUCUCCCUCUACCCCACCUCUCCCCGCCCCCCCCCCGGGACCCCACCCCUGGUUUUCUCCAGCCUUCCUUUGCUUGGUGUUUAAAUGAAAAGGAAAAAACACACAAAAAACAAAACGAACUUCAAACAUGAGUCUUAAUGAAAGUUUGUAUGUAAUAGCAUGCAAAUAAUAUAAAGCAUUAAUUUAAACGACGAUGUUGACAGAGCCGAAUGCACUAUAUACAGUAAUCGAUUGGAUUAAAAAAAAAUAAUAAUGCUGUUUGUUUUAUAGAGAUUUAAAAAAUUAAUCUAUGCUGUUUAAAACAAUUAUUGGGAGAGGGGGGGGGAAGGGGAAGAAAAAAAAUUUAAACACUCCUUACUUAAAGAUGAUUUGAAAAGGCAAUAGAUGACUAUAUGAACUGCUGCUAUAUUGAUGUUAUACAAAUACUAUGCACCAGAAUUAUUUAUUAAAUUUCAAGGGAGCGUGUGAAACGCAAGUCAGAACCUUGGUUGAUAAAAAAUGCACACUUUAUUUAUUGCAGAAUUAGCCCACGGGAAAAUCUUGGCAGUUGACCGCUUUUCCGGGGCAAAUUCGCUUUACUGAACUGGAUUUCCGGGGGGGGGGGGGCGGAGGGGAUGCUGUUUUUCAACGUUUAUUUAAAAAAAAAUGAAAUCGUAAAGGGAAUAAGGAUGCUAAAUGACUAAUGGGGGGCGUUUCUCAAAAGCCCGGCACAAUUUGUGUGACAUUUUGGAAACUGGUGCAUUUUUUUUAAAUGAACCUUUCAAUUUUUGUGGUUUUUAACAGUUUCAUCUAGGUAAAAUUGAUUUCCUCUGAAGCUUUGAUUCAGUUCUUAAUCUUUAUUGUUUUUUCUUUUCUUUUUUUCACAUCCUGCUUUUGAGCCAUGCAGGCAAGUUACAACCUCAAACCAACUUAAUAUUUAUAUAUAGAUAAAUAUAUUUUUUGUUUAUUUGUCAUGAACUGUUUCUGUUUGUGUUCAGGCAUCCUAGCUUUCAUUUGCUACGAAACAAAAAAAAAAAAUAAAAUAAAUCUCUUUAGACAUAAA